GAGAUGAUUACAAGAUCAAGGUGUGGAACUAAAAGUUGCAUAGAGGGCCAUGAUCAAGGAGCCAAUUGGAUUCCAGUCCAUCCCACUCUCCCUCUGAUUGUUUCUGGAACAGAUGAUCGCCAAGUGAAAAUUUGGCGAAUGAAUGAUAUGCUUGCCAAGGUUUUUGAAGCAUACGUUGGAGUGUUAUUGCUCAAAAUUGCGGGAGCUAUUACAUUGGAACUUCGAUGUCCUCAGAAUGUUGAUGGAAUCCCAAUUGAUCCUCAGCCGGAUUGGAGUUUUGAUACUCUCUUGUCAGAGCUCAAUUCGAUUGAAAAGAAGCUUAAUUCUUCUUCAAAAUUUUCUUUACCUUUCACCAAAAUGGAGUUGCGAAAAUUUCCAGCUGCUAAGGCAAAUGAAAGAAGACCGAGGGCAUUCGUAAUGCGUGUCUCGGAUGAUGAAAUGGAGGAAUUAGAAAGGGAUGGUGAGGAAAGAGAGACUCAUGGCCGACAAUUGGUUGCCAGUAGGCGAUUCGCCUGUGAUGAACUUUAUUUAAGGUGCCUUGCCUAUUAG